UUCCUGCUCUCUCCGUCUCGUCUCCUGCAACUGUUCGCAACGUUGUACGUAUCUGUGAAAGAGUUGCGUCUCUCGUGUCUAUCAGGACUAUAUUUUAUUGUAGAAGACAUUGUAGAAUAUGACUCCUCCAACGUACAACGACCUAGGAAAGAGUGCCCGUGAUGUAUUUGGUCAAGGCUAUCACUUUGGUCUGUUUAAACUGGAUGUGAAAACUAAGACUAACUCUGAUGUAGAGUUCUGUUGUGGUGGUGUGUCCAAUCAGGACACCGGAAAGGUGUUUGGUAACUUGGAAACUAAAUACAAGUUCAAGGAAUAUGGAUUAACGUUUAGUGAAAAAUGGAAUACUGACAAUACUCUCGGGACCGAAGUCACUCUUGCCAAUAAAUUACUCAAUGGUCUCACAGUUGGCUACAGCUGUACUUUCUCCCCACAAACCGGUUCCAAAACCGGAAAACUGAAGAGUACUUACAAACAUGAAAAUGUAUCUGCGACUGCUGACUUUGAUCUUAGUUUAUCUGCUGGACCUUUAAUUUAUGCCUCGACUGUCGUAGGUUAUCAAGGAUGGUUGGGCGGUUAUCAGGCAUCCUUUGACUCACAGAGAAACAAACUCACAAGGAAUAAUUUUGCUCUUGGAUUUACUGCUUCUGAUUUUACCCUUCAUAGCGCCGUGGAUAAUGGUCGUGAGUUUAAUAGCUCCAUUUAUCAUAAAAUAAAACCGGAUUUGGAAGGAGCAAUCAAUUUGGUAUACAAUUCCACUAAUAAUGUAACACAAUUUGGUAUUGGCGCAAAGUAUAAUCUUGAUAAUGAUGCUAGCCUUAGAGCCAAAGUGAAUUCUAAUCUUCAAAUAGGUUUGGGAUAUCAACAAAAAUUGCGGAAUGGUGUAACUUUGACACUUUCUACAAACAUUGAUGGGAAGAACUUUGGCUCUGGUGGCCACAAAUAUGGCGUUGCAUUAGAUCUUCAGGCAUAAAUACGUAUCUUAUAAAGUAAUGCUUAUUACUUCAAAAAAAAGCAAAAAAUUUAUCCCAUAAUAAAUAUUUUAUGACCUUCGUGUCAUAAAAAAAUCGGCGUGACAGUACAUGCUUCAAAUAAAGUAUAUCUAUAAUAUGUAGAUAGAUUGAUCCUUGAAUAGAUUCCACAAAAUAUCAUUUGAGAUUAAUUGACAAACACGUUAAUUUAUAUUAUACAUAAUUAUGAUCAUGAAUCAGUAACAUUCAUUUUUAUCAGUAUCAUUAUAAACAAUAUGAAAUCGCAAUUACGCAUACAAGUUUGUACUGUCGUAUUGGAGUUCUACACGCAAUUUUUUUGUUAGUCCUGUUAAAAUCCUUUUUAUCAAAAUCGAAAGUUACAUUGAAGUACAUACAUUAUUCUAUAUAAUGUAAAAUAAAACGAAAAAGAAAAGGCAAUAGUAAAAAUGAUAAAAAUUUAAUAAUAGAUAAAAAGAAGGUAUUUGUGACAUGAACAAUUUUCUUUGCUUGCUUUGCAGACAGUAAAUAUAUUAAGAAUAUUUUUAUGUUAUACUUUUAUGUUAUUACUUUAUAUUUGCGAUUAUCACAUUUAUAUGUGAAAAAUAUAAUUUUCAAACAAUAUAAAAUAUUUUUAUGAAAUGUUAUAUUAUUUUAAUCAGAUAUCUAACUUUGUAAAUCACUAAUCUUAUCUCUUGCUGGAUAGGACCAGAUUAGAAUAUAUGACGUGCAUAUUUUAUGCAAUCAAAUAUUAAUAACGAUGCGAUUGAUUGAUAGUAAAUGUAUGCAAUUUUUUGAUUUGAUAUUGUCAUGUACUAAUAUAAAAAUAUGAUGCCUUCUCUAAUUCAUAUAAAUAAUGCAAUUAUUACUUGUAUAGAUUAUAAUUAGAACAUGCCAUUCUCUUGUUGGAAUAUCUAAUCCUUGUUAAGAAAUACUGCCAGUUUGGCUAAAUUAUGAUGUCCUCAGAUAUUAACCAAAAUAUACUCCUUUAUAAAACUUUCAUUUGUAGUCACAUAUAUAAAUAUUAAAUGAUAAUGAUCAUAUUUUCAAAAGACAUACGUACUGCAUAUAUGUAUUGCAUAUAUAAUUCCACUGCUUUAUUUUAUAUAGAAAAUAAUUGUUUGUGAGAUAAAAGCGGCUUUUACUCUCUUUGAUAAUUAUUAUUACCAAUUAUGUAUGGGUUCAGUAAAAAAUGUUUUA